AGAAAGAAAGAAAGAAAGAAAGUGAGUGCAAAAACAAAAGAGGAAGAGGAACACUGUUAAGAGCGAUCGAAAAGCUUCGCACUCACACAGAGGAAACAAAGCUCAAUACAUAAUUUCAGCAAACAAAAUAAAUUCAAAAAAGGGGGAAACAAAACGAGAGAGAAAGAGAUAUAUGUGUAUACAGAGAGCGCCAUAAGCCAUAGUCGAAGCUUCGAAGAUUCGGAAUCAGCAAGUUCCGAGGUUCGAGAUUUCUAUGCAAAUUCUCUGAACUGCGCUGAGGUCAGAGCACAAUCAAUAAUAAACUUCAAAGCUUUAUUUACGUCGUUGUUCUUCAUUGUGCUUCCUUCCAUUGUUGCAAAUUUCAAGGAAAAAAAACUCUGGCGUUGCUCAAUUUCGUUCAACUAAGUCGUCUUUUCAGGAUUUGGAGUUCGGAGCUCUCGAAUUUCGCGCGACAAUGAGGAUUUCUGCUUUGAUGCAAGUGGUGUUGUAAUGCUCGCGCUUCGCGCUUUUACGACGCAACGGGCAUGGUGUUUCAUGCCCCGAGUUUGGUGAUUCAAGCUUAGGGUUUUGAUUUGCCACGCAAUUCGUUGAAUUCAGAGAUGCAACCACAGCAGAGCUCUAGAAUUGAUUUGGUCGAAUUGAAAGCGCAUAUUGUAAAGAAGGUUGGAGCUGAUAAGUCGAAGCGCUAUUUCUAUUACUUGGGCAGGUUUUUGAGUCAGAAGCUGAGAAAGAAUGAGUUUGACAAAUUGUGCUUUCGGUUACUCGGAAGGGAGAACAUUCCAUUGCAUAAUCAUUUUAUAAGAUCAAUUUUGAAGAAUGCUUGCCAAGCAAAUUCCGCACCACCAGUACAGCCAUCCGGUACUCCGAAAUCAGUGGCACAUGCUUCUAACAUAUCUCCUAGUAGACAAGAUGGACAUGAACAGAGUGUUACCAACUUCCAAAGUCAAAAUCAAAAUGCACCCAUUUGGUCAAAUGGGGUUCUGCCAGUCUCCCCACGCAAGGUUCGGUCUGGAAUGCGUGAUAGGAAGCUUAAAGAUAGACCAAGCCCUCUUGGACCAAAUGGGAAAGUUGACUCUGUUGUUCAUCAAUCCACAGCUACUGAAGACAGUGGUAGUAAGGUUGAAAUGGAGAAUGGAACACUUAGUCAUUGUGAUUAUCAAAGGCCCAUACAUCAUCUUAAAGCAGUUGCCGAGCUACCUGAGAAUGAAAUAGGGGAUGUUAUUCAGAGACCUGCCGAAAAGUCAAGAAUACAUGACAAGGGGCCAACCAAAACAUCAAUUGUUGAAGAUGGGGAAGAGGUGGAGCAGUUAAACCACGUCAGCUUUUCUAGAAGUCCCCUGACAGCACCGCUUGGAAUUCCUUACUGCUCUGCUAGCGUGGGUGGGACCCGCAAAGCAGUGCCGGUUAGUAGCAGUAGUGAUUUUGUUAGUUGUUGUGACAGUGGUAGCUUGUAUGAUACAGAUACAUUGAGAAGGCACAUGCAACAGAUUGCCAUGGUACAGGGUCUUGGAGGUGUUUCUUUAGAAUGUGCAAACACUUUGAAUAAUAUGGUAGAUGUGUACUUGAAACGCUUAAUCAGGUCUUGUGUUGAUUUAGUGGGUGCUCGGACUACAAAUCAUUCAAGGAAGCCCCUUGUGUCUAAACAGCAGAUUCAGGGGAAGGUCAUGAACGGCAUAUGGCCAAAUAAUCUUUCACAUGUGCAGAGUGUUGGUGGCCUGGUAGAACCUGAGCCCGAACACAGACCACCCUGCUCUGUAUCUUUGCAUGAUUUUAAGAUUGCCAUGCAGCUAAAUCCACGUCAGCUUGGAGAAGAUUGGCCUCUGUUGUCAGAGAAAAUUUCUAUGCAGUCCUUUGACGAAUAACACAUGUACUAAAGUUUUUCUUCUUAAGCAAAGAUUGGGUCUGUUUAUUAAGGUUCUGUAAGGCUCUGGCAAGUUCGGUGUUCAUUAGCACAAUUAGUUCUGCUCUCAUUGCCAGGAGGAACCAGGUGAGACUCAUCUUGGAAAACUUCUAGCCCUUCCAGACUCAAAUACAGGUUCUGAGUGCUAGUUAAAGGGCUAGUGUGGAUCACAGUUCACAGAUUUAUUUAACUGCAACCAGGGGUGCUAUCAAAUCAAGCCCAUGUUUGGUUGUGCUGUUGUAUGUUUAGCAUUGAUGUUGGCUGUAUUUGCCAUUGUUAAAGAUCAUAAGGUUUUUCUUUCUGCUUGCAGCCAAUCUCUUAAUAAAAUUAUCAGGUAGUAAGCCCAUCCCAGGCAUCCACGUGUCAUAGUCAUGUGAGUCCAGUUCCCACCAUUUUGUUCGAGCAUGUAAUGUGCAUCUUCCUACAUGAUCGAUUGAUGUCAAUGUUUGGUGGAUUGUAAUUCUCUAGAGGAUUUAUUUUGAAUGUUGUAUGGGCAGUGCAUGCUUUGCUCGGUGUGUCAUGACCAACAUACAAUGUGUAGUGUGAAAAAAACUUGUUCCCAAAAGCUGUUUUCUCUGACAUGUAUUCUUUCCCACUUUGAAAUUCAAAUAUCAAAAUUUGGUAUAAAAAAAUCUUACAUGCUUUUGCCCUCUCAA